GCAGGGAGGUACGAGGGGUGGACUUUCGGGCCGCGCUGGGCUGACGGAGGUACGAGGGGUGGAGCGGUCGCGAGGAGUGGACUUUCGGGCGCGCUGGGGUGGACAGACCACCGAGCGGGCUGCAGGGAAGAGGGGGCGCCUGCGAGCGAUGUCACACUGAUCUGUCGGGGGAGAGAGAGAGAGAGAGAGAGAGAGAGAGGGGACAAAGACCGGCGUGCUGACGGAUCUAUGACCUGGAGAGAAAGAGACGUUGCGAGAGGAACAUAGAGGGCGACCGAAACACCGAGACCGGGACGGAUCAAUCAGUAAGCCGAGACGGCCCGUGAGAGAUGGCCGAUCAAGAAUCGAGGUCCAGUGAUGAUGAAUCUGACAAGCGGGAGAUAGGCAAGCUGGCUGUAUGGUCUGUCACGAGUGCCAAACCAGGGAAUGGGGUUGAAUUACUGCGAGAUGAUAAUCUGGACACGUAUUGGCAAUCGGACGGUACUCAGCCUCACCUGGUCAAUAUUCAGUUCCAGAAGAAGGUCCGGUUGACGCAACUUGCGCUGUAUGUGGACUACAAGCAUGAUGAGAGCUACACUCCAAAUCGGUUGUCUAUCAGAGCUGGCAAUAGUUUCCACGAUUUAAGGGAGAUUAAAGUUGUUGAUCUUGAGGAGCCUGUUGGAUGGUUCUAUGUCUCGUUGCGACCAAACGAGUCCAAGUAAGUCGCGUCGAUUCUGCUGGCGCGUACUUUAUUGUUGUGUUGUAUCCUAUAUGUUGCAUGUAUCAUCAGUUUCUUUGUUUUGCAUGUUAUAUUAUUAAGUGGUUUGUCAUCAGUUUGCAAGGAAGAUGAGCAUUAGCGAACUUCAGCAAUCAAACAGCAUCAUACAU